CUGAUUCAAAUUGCAGUCGGCAAUUGAACUGCAGGCACGCUAAAUCACCAAUCACCAAUCACGAAUGGUGAGUGUGAAGGCGCUCUCCCGUUGAAUCAUGCAGUCGCAGUGUGAAUCGCCACGACCCGGCCUACUGCUCAGUCUGAACAUACUGCCUCUCACGACGAUUCAUCGCCCACUUUCCUCUCCAUCACAAUCACGACGAAGGUCUCUCUUGCCAUUCUUGAGAUUGCAAAAAGAAGCUUGCGCAUCACAGAGGAACGCUCAAAAUUGCAACGCGCACGUCCCGCGCUUUCCGCUUCGCCUCUCGAACUUGGCUUUCACCCGCCGGCCUAGGGCGCGAGCAAAGAUCAUAAAUUGCUCGAUUUCUCCUAAGCGUAGCGACAUCAACCGCACUUAGAAGCGACGCAUGGCGACCUUCACUACCACUACCACCACUAAGGGCAACGGCAAGGCGACGGUCCACUACGUCGACGCCGAAUCAUCGCACUCCGGACAGAGCCCGCCGUACCAUGAAGCAAUGUCCGUCUCUGUAGCCUCGCCAUCCGCAACAUCUCCACCUCAAAUCGCCUCCAACCCAAAGCCUUUCAGAAUACCCAUCAGUCCUGCGCCGCAUGGCUAUCAACUCAAUGAGUGGGCCUCCGAUGUUGCCAUCAGCCACCAAAUUAUGGACCACGUUCUCAACCCGAAGGUGACACCUUCUGACAAAUGGGAAGAUUGCGGCAUAUUUGACGACGGGGUUCAGGUUUCGUGGUUGCCCAGACGACCUGAACAGAUCACCUUCACGCACAUGCUUCGAGGGCAAACAUACAUUGCGGAUUGCUCCCCAGAAGAGAUUCUGCACUGCAUUCACAUCUUAUCCUUCAGGCUCAUCUGGGACGUCCGCAUUGGCGCAGCCGGCAUCAUUUCCCGAUUCAGUCAAUUCUCCUUCCUAUUCUACUUCUGCUGGAGAGGCAUCGGUCAGGCAUACAAGGGCAGAGAUGUGACGGGUGUUCAAGGAUGCAGGUUCCUUGAUGGCGAGGGUCGUGAACAGGUCAAGUACUCUGUCGACACCAACCAGAUCGACAUCGUCUGGCGAUCUGUCGAGCUACCAGAUGUACCAGCCACCGAGGAGAAAGUGCGAGCCAGGAUUCCUGCUGCGGGCUACCGGAUUGAACGGGCAGGAAGAGGGUGCAACGUCACAUUCAUUGGCCAAGCCGACCUUGGAGAAGUCAUCCCGGGCUACUUGCUUCGCACCCUUUGCCACGAGCAACCACGCGGCCUCGGGCGAUUGAGGACAGCCAUCGAGAGCUUCGGUGUUCCUCCAUACAUUUGCGACCAAUAUGACUGCGCAGUGAUCCAACUGCAAGUGUUCUAUCCGGAGACACGAAAGACAACGGUUCGUGCGCAUGCCUCUCGAGCAGGUACCUUCGCUCUGGUCCUAGACGUCAAGCGCAUGUAUCGGAAUGGCGUCCUGGUCACCAAGCUGGCGGGCGAGGGCGCAUCAUCUCUCAAUCUGCAAGACGGAGAGGAUCGACUUCUGAUGUCCAUCGCACCCUCAGGCGUCGGCAAGGAAUUCUUCAUCGAGAUCGAGCCCAGAGAUUCGGACCCUGAGGUGGACCAGUCGAGCGGAUGGUGGUAAUGGUAGCCUGCUGUUAGUGUUAGGAAUCCGUUUCAGGACUCAUCGUAGCGACUAUACAGCACGGCACAGACGCCCUGCUAAGUCCCUGCUCGAUUGAGCGCUCACGGGCCAUCGCCGACGUAAAACCUUCGAGCCGCGCCCUGUCGAGAUGGCAAUCAUCUCGUAUCUUGCUACAUCUACCCUCUCUCCACCGUACAUAUCUUCAGCAAUCCUGCACUUUCCCCAGAGCUUUCCUCGCGACACUGUACCAUAUACGCGGCUGCGCCCGCUCCAUCUUGCGUCAACUCAGGAUCUUCGUUGUGCA